GAUUCAGUUUCAAAGGAACAAAUCAAAUUCCUCCAAAACAAUAAAAAUAAAAUUUGAAACAAAUAAAAGUUUCAUCAGAAAGAAGUCAGCUUCGAAUAGUAGUAGUAUGUUAGUGCAAAGUGUUGUGCAGUAAAAUCCGUCGUUGAUGGAAGUCUUGAAGAAGAGAGUAUUUUCUCUGUGGCCGCCAUUUCAUCGGAGUGGCGCUGCUUUUUUCACAACUAAAGCAUAUUCAACUGUGCCUUCAACGCAAACCCUCUCUGUUCAACAACAGAACCGGGAGGCGUUCCGGCAAGCUGUUGUUAACACACUAGAGCGCCGGCUGUUUUACAUCCCUUCCUUCAAAAUCUAUGGUGGUGUUGCUGGACUUUAUGAUUAUGGUCCACCUGGUUGCGCUGUCAAGGCCAACGUCCUUGCCCUUUGGCGUCAGCAUUUUGUACUUGAAGAGAACAUGUUGGAAGUUGACUGCCCGUGUGUUACGCCAGGCAUUGUACUGGAGGCAUCAGGUCAUGUCGAUAAGUUCACUGACCUUAUGGUCAAAGAUGAAAAGACGGGAGCUUGUUACCGAGCAGAUCAUUUGCUCAAGGAUUUCUGCAAAGACAAACUUGAGAAAGACCACAAACUUAGUGCAGAGAGGGCAGCAGAAUUGAGACACAUUCUUGCCGUUUUAGAUGAUUUCUCCGCGGAGGAGCUUUGUGCGAAGAUUAAGGAGUACGGCAUUACUGCUCCAGAUACUAAGAACGCUCUCUCAAACCCGUAUCCUUUCAAUCUAAUGUUUCAGACAUCAAUUGGGCCAUCUGGAUCCAGCCCUGGGUACAUGCGUCCGGAGACUGCUCAAGGUAUUUUUGUGAACUUUAAGGACUUAUACUACUAUAAUGGCAACAAGCUUCCUUUUGCAGCUGCACAGAUCGGUCAAGCUUUCAGAAACGAGAUCUCUCCAAGGCAAGGCCUUUUAAGGGUCCGCGAAUUUACGCUUGCUGAGAUUGAACAUUUUGUGGAUCCUGAGGACAAGUCCUUCCCUAAAUUUUCCGACGUUUCAGACUUGGAAUUAUAUAUGUUCCCAAGAGAAGACCAGAUGUCUGGACAACCAACAAGAAGGAUAACUAUUGGAGAAGCAGUUUCUCAGGGGAUCAUCGAUAAUGAAACACUUGGUUAUUAUAUAGGGAGGGUAUACUUGUUUCUAACUCAACUUGGAAUUGCUAAAGAUCGUCUGCGUUUCCGUCAACAUCUGGAAAAUGAGAUGGCACACUAUUCUGUAGACUGUUGGGACGCUGAAAUAGAAAGCUCUUAUGGUUGGAUUGAGUGUGUUGGAAUUGCUGAUAGAUCAGCAUAUGAUUUGAACGCUCAUGCGGAUCGAAGCGGUGUACCCUUGGUGGCAUACGAAAAGUAUCAACAACCUCGAGAAGUCGAGAAACUUGUGGUCGUUCCCGUUAAAAAGGAGCUCGGUCUUGCCUUCAAAGGUAACCAUAGGAUGGUGGUGGAAGCAUUAGAGGCGAUGGGCGAUAAAGAAGCGAUGGAGAUGAAAGCGAGCUUGGAAGGCAAGGGGGAGUGCGAGUUCCGUGUUUGUGCUCUUAACAAAGUUGUCACUAUAAAGAAUAGUAUGGUGUCUAUCUCCAUAGAGAAGAAAAAGGAACAACAAAGGGUUUUCACACCUUCGGUCAUCGAGCCAUCAUUUGGAAUCGGAAGGAUCAUAUACUGUCUCUAUGAACACUCCUUUUACACGAGGCCUAGUAAAGGCGGUGACGAGCAAGUGAACGUCUUCCGUUUCACCCCAUUGGUAGCUCCCAUCAAAUGCACGGUAUUUCCCCUGGUUCAGAACCGACAAUACGAGGAUGUUGCUAAGCAGAUCGCCAAGUCACUGACGGCUUUUGGCAUCUCGUACAAGAUUGAUGUAACAGGUACCUCUAUAGGAAAGAGAUAUGCUAGGACCGAUGAACUCGGAGUUCCUUUCGCCGUUACAGUUGAUACCACGUCCUCUGUUACCGUUCGAGAAAGAGAUAGCAAGCAGCAGAUUCGUGUCGAUGUGGAUGAGGUGGCAUCCGUGGUCAAGCAGCUGACGGAUGGCACGAGCACGUGGGCUGGUGUGUUGCUGAGAUAUCCUGCCCAUUCGCCGUAACCAACGAUGAGUGGGUUUUUCAGGGAAAAUGCUUAGCACCAAAGACGACUGCAACUGGACAGCCUCUCUUGUCUCUGCCUUGCAUAAACACCUUCUUAUGUGCCACGUGAUUCGGGGCCUCCGAUGCUGAAAUCGAGCCCGUUGGGACGAAGUUUCGCCUCCAUGUCAAGUACUUCAUCAGCAUCGUUGAAGCCUUCUCGAUGUCGAGAUCACGAGCACGAAGAAAUCUUCUCAAUGUCGCCUCAUCUACUUCCUGCAAAAAAUCCAUUUUCAUCAUCUCAUAUAUAGUGUGUGAAAAGUUAAUAAUAAGUUUCUUUAAUAUUUUGGCUCAAGCCCCAUGUUUUCUUGAUCCGACAAGCCAAGAAUUGCAAGGUGUGUGUGUUUGCAGCUAGGGUUGUAAAUGAAUAGAGGUACUCGAGACUCGACUCUAAAAAAGCUCGUUCGGAGCUCAAUUCGAUAGUAAA